CACAUUUUACGUUUCCAAUUCCAACUAGACACUUUUACUCUCUUUUUUUUCGUUGUUCUAAAAAGGGAAGAUUUUUCUCUAUCAAAUCCUUUUUACAUUAUUAUAAUAAGAAUAAGAAAUCAUUUUAUAGUUAUUUUUUCAGGUAAUAACAGAUUCCCGAAUAUUUUCCCAUUCGUGAUUUUCAGGCAGAAAAUAUGCAGACAUUUACGGCUUCUAUCCCUACAGAUGAUACGAAUCUCAACGUGGUGAAUCCACCAGAAGAAUUGGAUAAAGAAAAUGAGGAGAAAGAAGGGGACGGGGGCUUUCGUCGGAGGCCCGGGAAAGCCCCAUUGGAAGAAUUCACUGAACCCUUUGCCGCCGCCGCCGCCGACGACGACGACGACGACGACGAAGAACAAUUGUUAAAAGAGGAUUCUCAAAAGACAAAUGAUGCUGAAAAGGAUGGGGAGUUUCGUCCACAACCGAGACCCGGAUUAGGGCCCUCUGUGGAGAGUUUGUUGCCGCGUCCUGACCCUAAUGACUUCAAAGAUAUGGAACAAUUCUUCUCGGCGUCUGAUAGAUGGUUCGAAUAUCUGGAGAAAAAUCAUCCUGAAGAGUAUAGAGAAUUUUUUCGACAACGGAGACGGAGACCCGGAUUAGGGCUAAAAUUACCACGUUUCUCUAUGAAACGAACUAAACAGCCCUCUUUGGAGAGUUUGUUGCCGCCUCCUGACCUUGAUAGCUUGAAAGAUUAUAAACAAUUCUUCUUGGCGCAUGAACGAUACGAAAAUGCAAAAAAGGAGAUUAUGAAGCAGCUGGGUUAUGCCUCGUUUGAGGAUAAUGCCUCGUUUGAGGAUAAUGUAUUCUCUAGACCGCGGCAUCUCCGACCGGGGCUUUUGGGGAGUAAUCGAAUACCUCUCAAAUACAGGCAUAGGUAUCCAAGAGAAGCCUCUGAUGAUGUUCUGUCCUCUCAAGAGACACUUGGAUCUCAGAGUAUUGAUCCUGUGGCCGAGAACAUUGACAAAGGUGUUGCUUGUAACACAUCUUCUGACAGGCCCUCUUUGGAGAGUUUGUUGCCGCCUCUUGACCUUAAUGACUUCAAAGAUAAAGAUGCGGAAGAAUUCGCCUUGGCCCUAAAACAAUACAACAAUGCAAAAAGGGAGAUUAAGAAGCAGCUGGCUUGUUCUUCUGAAAAUGAAGUGAAGGAUUCAUCUGCUACUGAAGGGAACAAGCUUGAUCUUGAUGAAUUAUUGAAUGAAUUGCUUCGUUACAAUCCUGAAGACCUAGAGGGGGACAAGGCAAUUAAAAUUUUGCAGGACAGAUUACAGAUCAAACCGAUCCCUUUAGAGAAAUUUUCUCUUCCAGAUUUCCCAGACUACCCAGUGAUUGAAAUGAAAUCUUUGCGAGGGAACAAAUCAAAGCCCAAAUCAAAGCCCAGGAAGGCUUUAUCCGAUAUAGAUAAUUUCUUGAAAAGACUAAAAAAUAGAACACCUCUGGUAAAGGCUGUACAGUGCCCUGUGCAGCAGUUAGAUUCACCCACCCCUCCGAGAUUUCCAUUUGCUUCAUCUUCAACAUUGCAGAAGGAAAUUUCAACUGUGGUAAACCCUAGACGUAAACUUUUCUUUCGUCGACAACUGAGACCUGGAUUAGGGCUAAAACGACCACUUUACUUUAUGGAACCAAUUAAAAAGCCCUCUCUGGACAGUUUCUUGCCGACUCUCAACCAUAAUAACUUGAAAGAUUAUGAACAAUUCGUCUUGGCAUAUGAUCGAUUGCAAAGAUUGCAAAAUUCUCAGAAGACAAAUGAUGCUGAAGACGAUGGGGAAUUUCGUCGACAACGGAGACCCGGAUUAGGGCUAAAACUACCACAUUUCUCUUUGAAUCAAACUAAAAAGCCCUCUAUGGAGUUUGUUUUCGCCUCUUGACCUUCAUAGCUUGGAAGAUCCGGAACAAUUCUUGGUGGCUCAUGAACGAUACGAAAGUAAGUUACUGUUUGAUUCUCAUUUCUCUUCAUGUGGGUGACAAUGACAUCCCUGUGGCUUGUUCUUGUCUAUGGGUAGAUGCAAAAAGGGAGAUUGAGAAGCUGCUGGGUGAUGAUCAGGAUAAUGCAUCAACUACACCAUCAAAUAAACUGAAUGUUCCCGGUACUAAAAAUUUAAUUGCAGUUGGUGAGACAAGUUUGGCUGAUGACACCAUCAGAAAUUCUAGCAGUACUU